CACACGGAGCCAUGAGGACCCCCUUUCUUGAGCUGUGGAGCGCGCGCAAAGAGAGAGGAGAGCUCCUGGAGACAGACAAAGAACUCAAACUCAACAACGCCCAACUGUCGAGUCUGCUGAGUGACAGUGAUGUCCGAACGGCACUGCACAAGAGCCGGGUGGCCUCUCGGCUGCCCCCUGUGGGCACUGAAGUGUUCAGGCGCUUCACUCCAGAGUCACUGGAACAGAUCAAGAAAUGCUCCGACUCAAAGAACAAACAGGUGGAAGAGGACUACCACCUGAAACCAGCUCCUGAACUGGAGUCUGGGAAAGUCCUGCCGUUUUUCUAUGGAGCCCCGCCCCCUGAGCUUCAAGAUGUCCCAUUGGAGGAUCCUGACCCCUUCUACCAAUCACAAAAGACAUUCGUUGUGGUUUCCAAGGGAAAUGUCCUCUCCAGGUUCAACGCAGACUCUUCCUGUUUCCACUUCAGCCCCUUCAGCUUGUUCAGACGAGCGGCCAUCAGGAUCCUCAACCACUGGCUCUUCACCGGUCUCCUGUUGGUGACGCUGUUGGUGAACUUCUUCUUCUUGACUCCUAGGAAGUCUUACGAAGUCAACCUUGAUUUGGUUUUCUUGUGUAUUUACACUUUGGAGGCAGCGCUGAAAAUCCUGUCCAGAGGUUUCUGUUUGGGACCCUUCACUUACCUCCGAGACUCCUGGAACAGACUGGACGUCGUCAUCAUCAUCACUGGGUUCCUCUUCCUCAGUGAGCCCAUGAUGUGUCUGAGAUCGCUCCGUUUUUUGAAGGUCCUGGGCCUGUUUUCUGCCACUCGGAGACAUGCUAAAAUGUUUGGCCGUGUCCUGAAUCGUUUGUGGGAUGUGCUCUUCUUCACGCUUCUGGUCCUGACUGUCUUCUCUGUCAUUGGGAUGAGCUGGUUCUCUGGCUCUAUGUGGAACAUCUGUGUGAGGCACUGGGAGCAGGAUAACUCCAGUUUCCUGAUAGAGCCCACAAACUUCCCAAACGUCACACAAGACGACCAGGUCGACUCUCAGUUCAACUACACGGAAUACAUCUACAACAGCGAGAACAUUUACUUCACUGAGCAUCAUGAUGAACCUCAAAUCUGUGGAAACACUUCACUGGCCAGCCAGUGUCCAGAGGGCUUCAUCUGUCUCCAGGUCCACCGAGAUCCAAACUUUAAAAACUUUGACUCUUUUGAAGAAGCGUUUUUAUCCACGUUCAGACUCAUGAUGAGAGACUUCUGGGAGGCCCUGGCUGGAGAGGUGAUGCAGGCAAACGGAACACCGAUGAUGAUCUUCUUCGUGGUGACGUUGUUCAUCUGCUCUUUUUCACUCUCGGCUUUCAUCAUCGCCUCCUUCUUCAUCUCCUUCACUGAGCAAACGGAGAAAGAGCUCCGCCAGGCUCAACAAGACCAGAGGGACUACAACCAGAUCCUGGCUGCUCUCAAGGACAAGGGUGUGGAUGAUCUCCCAGAGAAAAAGGACUCCGAGCGGACCUGUUCUGAGUGUUGGCGACGCCUGUGUAGCUGUGACUGUUGUGGGUGUUGGGUUCGGGUUAAAAAGGGACUCCAAGUUUUUGUCUUGGACCCGUUCUUUGACCUGGCCAUUAUCCUCCUCAUCAUCAUCAAUGUGAUUUUCAUGGCCAUGGAGCACUACCCUCUCACCGUUGAGUUUGAGGAAAUGCUCUUCAGGGCUGAGUGGGUGUUCACCUUCAUCUUCUUUAUAGAGGUUGUCCUGAAGAUUUUGGCCAUGGGUUCUUAUGACUUCUUUCAGGUUGGAUGGCACAUCUUUGACACAGUCCUGGUCAUGUGGUCUAUAAUCGACUUUGGUCUCAUUUCCUCCUUUCCAUUUUUCUUGAGACUGUUGCGUCUGGCUCGCUGGUGGCCUGGUUUCUUAAAGUGGAUGCGUCUGGUUUGGGCCGGUGUCCGAUCUCUCUGGACUGUCUCCUUGGUGCUGGUCACGCUCUUCUUCAGCUACUUUGGGUAUCACUCGCUCAGUUCGAACCCAAACAAUCUGUGCGAGGGUGAAGAAGACUGCGACAUCCCCCGCUGGCACAUGAAUGAUUUCCUCCACAGUUUAAUGACGGUGACGAGAGCUUUGUUCGGAGAGUGGAUUGAAACCAUGUGGCUUUGUAUGGAAAAGACCGGCCCCUCUAUGUGUGUGCCCUUCUACAUCACUCUACUCAUAGUCGGGAACUUUCUGAUCUUGACGCUGUUUGUGACGUUAUUGAUGAAGUGGAUCAGCAACAAACUGGCUCCAAGAGAUGAGGAGAAAAUGAACAUUUUAAAAACCCGACUGAAGAAAGUGCUCAAAGUUUGUGGCAUAAACGGAGGAGAGACAAAGAAGGAAACAGGAGACCCAGAGGAUAAAGAGAGUGUUGCUCUGAGGUGCGUGCCACCGGAACAGAGCGAGGAGAACGGGACCCAGGGCAGCACCCUGCCCAUCGGAGAGGCUCAGAAUUUCCAAAAGAUGAAGGAAACUGAAGCCCCCCAAGAAGUUCCCGAGGACUGCUGCUGUCAAAAGUGCUACAGCUGCUGCCCUGCUCUCAACCUGGACUCAUCUCGAGGCGUCGGCCGUGUUUGGUCCAGCCUCAGACGGAGCUCCUUCUACAUCAUCCAGCACCCGUACUUCAACAACUUCAUCUUCUUCAUCGUCAUCGUCAGCAGCAUAGCCCUGGUGUUUGAGGACAUGUACCUGUCCACUCGCUACCACACUAUGGUGUUCCUAGGCUAUCUGGACCAGGUGGUCACAUACCUGUUUGUGCUGGAGGUUCUCUUCAAAUGGCUCGGACUCGGCUUCAAGAAAUACUUCACGGACGGAUGGUGCUGGCUUGAUCUCAUUGUAACACUUGCAUGUGUGUUGUCUGUGGCGGCUCAGACCUCUGGACUGGGCUCAGCUCUCAUCAGUCUGAAAGCUCUGAGACCUCUGCGUAUCCUCACUCACAUCAGAGGCACUCGGGUGUCCGUGUCGGUGCUGCUGAGGAUGCUGCCCCCUCUCUUGGACGUGCUCCUGGUCUCUGUUACGGUCUGGUCCUUCUUCUCCAUUGUCUUCAUCCAGUUCCUUGCUGGACGUUUCGAAUUCUGCCUCAACGAAACCUCGCAAGAGGUAUUUGGUGCCAAGGAAGUUCCAAACAAGACCCAGUGUUUCAUGCUGAUUGAGAACAACCUAACAGAGGUCCGCUGGAAGAGUGGUCCCAUGAACUUUGACAAUAUGCCCCAAGCCAUGCUCUCACUCUUCUCUGUGGCCACACUUAAAGGCUGGUUAGAUAUUCUUUAUAAUACGGUGGAUUCUACCAUGGUUGAAGAUCAGCCUGGACAUGAGGAGCAGAUCACCUACUAUUUCCUGUUUCUGGCCUUCUUCCUGUUUGGCUCUUUCUUCUGCUGCAUCAACAUUAUUAAAGUGCUGUUAGACGCUUACAGCUCCCAAACACACAAGGUUGGAGGAUCACACUUGUUUUUGACUGAGAAGCAGCAGAAGAAUUUCAACAAUAUCAGUUUUUGCCCAAAGAGACCCCUGGCCCCCUGCCCACGUCCUCAGGGCCGUAUACGUGGGCGCCUGUGGGACCUGGUUUCUCGGGAGGCUUUUGAGUGGGUGAUGCAGGUGUUCAUAUUUGUGAGCGUGGUGGUGUUGAUGGCAGAGAGAUACAACAUCUCGGAGGGCGAGGAGGAAGUCCUGUUUUGGUUCUCGUUUAUCCUCAUCAUCAUUUUCACCAUAGAAUCCAUCCUGAAGAUCUGCGCCUUCAGACGCAGCUACUUCAGUGACAGCCUCAACGUCAUUGACUUUGUGGUGAUAAUUUUUUCACUGCUCAGUUUGGCCCUCGCUGACCUCAUGACCAAGUACUUCUUCAGCAAUUAUCUCAGCCUGCUCCGUCUGGGUCGCAUCUCUCGGAUCAUCCACCGUUUCCCCGGAUCUCUCCGUCUCCGUUUCCUCUUCUCCGCUUGGACCAAGUCUCUGCCCGCGCUCUUCAAUCUCGCCCUGGUGCUCUUUGUCCUGAUAUUCACCUACACCAGCUUCGGCACCUUCCACUUUGCCCACCUCAAGAAACUAAACUAUCUGUCUGACGUGUACAACUUCGAGACCUUCUGGAACGGCUUCAUUUCCAUGCUGAUAGUGACCACGUGGGCUGGUUGGGACGGCCUUCUGUACCCGAACCUCCUGACCCCCCCCGACUGUGACCCUGUAGACAUCCCACAAGUGAAUAUUACUGCCAACUGUGGGAAUGCGCCUCUGGCCAUAGACUUCUACGUGUCGUUCCUGUGUCUGAGCUCUUACGUGCUGCUGGUGAUGCUGCUUGUUCUGCUGGUGGACAUGUUAAACAUUUUCGGGCUGAUGCACUGUCAUCCUCUGAGCGCACCAAACCUCAACAGCUUCUUCAAAACCUGGAAGAAGUUUGUGCCCGAUUCAGCACACUUCAUUCAGCGCAGCCGGCUCCCAGACCUGUGUGAACGCCUGAAGAAGCCUCUGAGGGUCCCCAAGCCCUGCGAGCUUGACCUGGGCCCCGAAGAUCCCGUGCACUGUCGGGACGUCCUGCUCGCUCUGUCUGUGCACGCUUUAGGAGACGGUGCAGACAGAGACGCCCUCAGAGCCACAAUCAACGACAAGUACCACGAGUUUAUGCCAGAAAGUCCAUCUCAGGAAUCUUGUGAAGAGAGCAGCUGCACUCUGCAAAUGAACCAGGAGGAAGCCACGCCUGUGACUGAAGAGAUCAACGAAUGAUGAUCGGAAAACGAAACUAAACACUAACACAUUUCCUUUAGUUUAACAUGUAUACUAUAAAAGAAUCUUCACUAAUGAGAACUUUUAACUAGGUCUGCACAUUUGUAACAGUGGUGCAGAGCAAUUUAUGAUUUAAAUUUUUAUAUCACAACAAACUGUACUUUACUAAGACAGCUAGGGAUGCACCCCUACCAUACUGGUUUUGGAUAUCGUUGCUGAUUUUUGGUGGAUCGGAUAUCGGUUUCCAAGAUGUCGGUUCAGUCAAUAUCCCAUUUUGGUUUAUAAUAUGAUGUAAUAAGACAAUUUACUGGCCAAAAAUGAGUCAUAAUAUCAAGCCUACAAAGCUGUUCUGCAGUUACAAAACACAUCUGGAACAUUUUUACCUUUUUGUGUUUAAUGGAAAUGUCAGUGUUGGGAAGGUGACUUUUAAAAUGUAUUCCCCUACAGAUUACAGAUUACAUACCUCAAAAUGUAGUUUGUAACGGAAUCCAUUAAAUUACUGAAGGUGAGUAACGGAAUCUGAAUACUUUGGAUUACUUAAUUUGCUGUAGAGAAGCAAAGACGAGGAAAUUGUAACAUAAGAAGUUUUGUCCUGGUUUAGACCUAGUUUAGACCUGGUUUAAGCCUGGUUUUAGUCCUGGUUUAGACCUGGUUUAAACCUGGUUUUAAACCUGGUUUUAGACCUGGUUUUAGACAUGGUUUUAGACCUAGUUUAGACCUGGUUUAAGCCUGGUUUUAGACCUGGUUUAGACCUGGUUUAGACCUGGUUUAGACCUGGUUUAGACAUGGUUUUAGACCUGGUUUUAGUCCUGUUUUAGACCUGGUUUUAGACCUGGUUUAGACCUGGUUUAAGCCUGGUUUUAGUCCUGGUUUAGACCUGGUUUUAGACCUGGUUUUAGACCUGGUUUUAGACCUGGUUUAG